AUGGCUAGCUCCAAAGAGGUUAUCAUCGUCGGCGGUGGUAUCUCGGGCCUUGGUAUGGCCAUCCAACUCAAGCGUCUUCUCGGACAUGACAACUUCACCAUCUACGAAAAGUCCGACAAUAUCGGCGGCACCUGGUGGCAUAAUCGAUAUCCCGCAUGUGCUUGCGACAUCCCCAGUCAUUUCUACUCUUACAGCUUUGCACUGAACCCCGACUGGACAAGCAUGUACCCGGGACGUGAUGAGCUUCACAGGUACUUCAUGUCUGUAGCUGAUAGAUACGAUAUCCUGCCCCGCUGCCAGUUCAACACAAUGUGCCUCGAUUUGCGCUGGGACUCGGCCCGCUCGCUCUGGAUCUGUACCUUUCAGAACACCGAAACUGGACAAACGUUCGUCCGCGAAGCGCCAGUCGUCGUGAGCGCAGUGGGCACCCUCGAUCGGCCUUACAUUCCACAGCUUGAGGGCGCUGAAUCCUUCCAGGGAAAGAUGUUCCACAGCGCUCGAUGGGACGACUCGCUCGAGGUCAGGAACAAGAACAUCGUCGUCUUAGGCAACGGUGCUUCCGCAACACAGUUCGUUCCUGAGCUCGUUAAGCAAGUUGCGCCUAAGGGGCAGGUUACUCAACUGGUUAGGAGCGCCCACUGGUGGACUAAAAGGGGGAACCCAACUUAUUCAUCUGCCUUUAAGCUCACAAUGAAGUACAUCCCGCUCGCCGCGCGCAUAUACCGCGUGUUCCUCGCCUGGGAGCUCGAAAAAGUGUUCUACUCUUUCCUCAUGACCAAAGACGGAGCGCGCAUGAGGCAGAAGAUCCGCGAUACUACCAAUUCUUAUAUCGAGAAUGACGCGCCUUCCCAGUACCGCCAAGUACUGAAGCCAAACUAUGAACCUGGCUGCAAGAGACGCGUCAAUACAGCCACAUAUCUCGCUGCACUGCAUUCGCCAAACAUGCACUUGGCCAAGGACAAUGCCGUCAAGAUAGGCCCGCGCCACGUCGAGACGGCGAGCGGCGAGACGUACCCAGCAGACGCUAUCAUUUUCGCAACGGGCUUCAUGACCCAGAAGUGGCUUCACCCGAUCCAGGUCAAGGGCGAGAAUGGCCGGGACUUGCAUCAAGUCUGGGACUCCACGGGUGGCGCUGAAGCUUACAAGGGCACUGUCGUCACAGGGUUCCCCAAUUUCUUCAUCUUAUAUGGUCCCAACGCUGCUACGGGCCAGCACUCGGUCAUCUUCCAUUCCGAAUGCCAGAUCAACUACACCUGCCGUCUGCUACGUCAAGUCCUCAGUGGAAGUGCCCCUGCGGCUUCAAUCAUGGUCAAGCCCGAGGCUCAACGCCGUGACCUGGCUUGGGUGCACGGGAGGCUCAAGAACCUCGUCUUCAACAGUGGCUGUCAGAGUUGGUGGAUGGACCCCGAGACCAAGAAGAACACCUUUAUCUACCCCGACCCCAUGUUUCUCUACUGGCUGCGGACCAUAUUCCCACGCUGGUCUGAUUUUGAAGUUCGCAGGGUGGAAAGCCCCAAGUCUUCGAUUUCCAGAGUCUUGACCAGUGCACUGCUGAGCCUGGGCGUGGGCUCCCUUGCUGUGAUGUCACUUAAAGAUUCUGACAGGUAUUCGGAGCUCAUUUCGCCAUACUUGCAGAAUUUCUUUCCCUCGCUAUCGCUUAGAUAG